AUUCGAGUCUCUCAUCAUGUGAAAACCACUUCUUCAGUCCCUCAGCACGCUGACACAGAGCCUGCACCAGGACCCAGAGCCUUCGCUCAUUUCACUUCCGUUGCAAAAAGAUUUUGAACUACGGAAUACUCUUUCAGACUCCUAGCAUCUCAAGACUUCAAUAACUUUUCAUCAGCUUGUCUGUCGCUGAUACCGCCUGCUUGUUUGCAUCAAGUUACAUUUGACUGAAUGCAUUGCUGCUAGACUUUUGUACAGUGUUACGGAAUCUGUGAUCUAGCAUUUCCAAUGCCUAAAAAUAGCAAAGUUGUGAAGAGGGAACUUGAUGAAGAUGUCACAGAGUCUGUCAAGGACCUUCUUUCCAAUGAGGACAUGAAUGACGAUCAGUUUAAGAAGAGUGCAUUAUAUGUAGAUGACUCCCAGACUGAAAAAGAUGUGGACAUUGAAGAAGGAUCUGACAUUGAAGAAGAAAGGCCAGCCUGGAAUAGCAAACUUCAGUAUAUUCUGGCACAGGUUGGAUUCUCAGUUGGCUUAGGCAAUGUAUGGAGAUUCCCAUAUUUAUGCCAAAAAAACGGGGGAGGUGCCUACCUCGUGCCUUAUUUGCUUUUACUGCUCAUCAUUGGGAUUCCACUGUUUUUCUUGGAGCUUGCUGUGGGUCAAAGGAUCAGGCGAGGCAGUAUUGGUGUAUGGAAUUUCAUCAGCCCCAGACUUGGAGGAAUUGGAUUUUCAAGCUGCAUUGUGUGUUUCUUUGUCGCUCUGUACUACAAUGUUAUUAUUGGGUGGAGCUUCUUUUAUUUGUCGAAGUCCUUUCAGCAUCCAUUGCCCUGGGAUCAAUGUCCCUUGGAAAAAAAUGGCAGCCAGACCUUUGUUGUGCCUGAAUGUGAGAAAAGCUCUGCCACUACCUAUUUCUGGUACCGAGAGGCGCUGGAUAUAUCUAACUCUAUCUCAGAGAGUGGGGGUCUGAAUUGGAAAAUGACUAUCUGCCUCUUCAUAGCCUGGCUUAUGGUCUGCCUUGCCAUGAUCAAAGGCAUUCAAUCUUCAGGAAAGGUGAUGUAUUUUAGUUCCCUGUUUCCCUAUGUCGUACUUAUCUGCUUCCUGGUUCGAGGUCUUCUUCUGAAAGGUUCUUUGGAUGGAAUCCGUUAUAUGUUUACCCCUAAGUUGGAAAUUAUGUUGGACCCUCAGGUCUGGAGAGGGGCUGCAACCCAAGUAUUCUUUGCCCUUGGGCUGGGAUUUGGUGGUGUGAUUGCUUUCUCCAGCUAUAACAAACGAGAUAACAACUGCCAUUUUGAUGCUGUCCUUGUCUCCUUCAUCAAUUUCUUCACAUCUGUCUUAGCAACACUUGUAGUGUUUGCUGUCUUGGGCUUUAAAGCAAAUAUUAUCAAUGAAAAAUGUAUUGUGAGAAACGCAGACAAGAUCCUGGAAAUGCUUAAAGUAGGUGCAGUCAGUCAUGAUCUCAUUCCUCAUCAUGUUAAUUUAUCAGAUGUUUCAGCAACAGAUUACCAUCAGAUGUACAACAUUAUAAAGGAAGUGAAGGAAGAGGAAUUUCCAAAGUUAGGCCUGGAUUCAUGUCAAUUAGAGGAUGAACUUAACCAGGCUGUGCAAGGAACUGGCUUAGCCUUUAUUGCCUUCACUGAGGCCAUGACUCACUUCCCAGCGUCGCCCUUCUGGUCAGUGUUGUUCUUCCUGAUGUUAGUAAAUCUGGGCUUGGGCAGCAUGUUUGGCACCAUUGAAGGAAUACUCACCCCCCUUGUGGAUACAUUCAAAAUACGCAAAGAAAUUCUCACCAUUGGCUGUUGUCUUGUGGCUUUCAGUAUAGGCCUCCUCUUUGUGCAGCGCUCUGGAAACUACUUUGUAACCAUGUUUGAUGAUUACUCAGCCACACUGCCCCUACUAAUUGUGGUUAUCCUGGAAAAUAUCGUUAUCGCUUGGGUUUAUGGCACAGAUAAGUUCAUGGAGGACUUGAAGGAUAUGCUUGGAUUCACUCCUUUCCAAUAUUACUAUUACACGUGGAAAUACAUUUCUCCACUUAUUUUGAUUGCUUUGCUUGUGGCUAGCAUUGUCCAGAUGUGUUUGAGUCCACCAGGCUACCAGGCCUGGAUUAGUGAAUUGGGUGCUGACAAAUUUCUGAGUUACCCAACGUGGGGCUUGGCUGUCUGUAUUGGCCUUGUGUUAGUCGCCAUACUCCCUGUCCCAGUCGUCUUCAUCAUCCGUUAUUUUAACAUAAUGGAUGAUGGCUCCAACUCUUUGGCCUCAGUCUCAUACAAGAAAGGACGGAUUCUGAAGGAAAAUUCCAACUUGGAGGAAGAUGAUGCCAGUCUUCUACAAAGCAAGACCCCAAGUGAGAUGCACUCGCCAAUGGUUGGAAACAGCAUCUACCGAAAGCAAAAUGGAUCCCCCACUCCUGAAGCAGACACAGCUCCAAACGGCCGCUAUGGCAUUGGAUACUUAAUGGCUGACAUGCCUGAAUCAGACUUGUAGCUUCUGAGCAAGCUUUGCCUGUCUAUGUGUCUGUUGCUACAUUGAGCAUCAUUGCCACUCAAAAAGCACGCACAGUACUGAUGUGGCACAUGUAUCAUGUAUAUCCUGUAGAUAGACUAUAUUUUUCCAUAUUAAUGAUAUUGUCUGAAAUAUUGUUGCCUACAAGUAGCUAUGAGCAAAGCUGAACAUUAUACUUUUCUGCGUCUGACAGAUCUUAUUCAGUGUUCUCUUUUAGUAAAAAAACAGUUGCUUUCCUUAAAGGACAUCAACUUGCUUCUUAGAUCAGAGCAUUCUUUCUUACUACAUCACUGAGAUUAGCAAAUUUGAGAUUUUUUUUAUUCUUGAACUUUUAUGUAAGUUACGACAAAUAUUUAAAAUGCAUUUCAACAUGGAAUCAAUAUACAAACUGGUUUUUAUCUUAAAUUAUUUAGUAGCUUAUCAAACCACAUUCUCAAAUUUUUUUUCAAAAAGAAAACAUUUUGAGGAAGAGAGAUAGUAGGAACUGCAGAUGCUGGAGAAUCCGAGACAACAAGGUGCAGGGCUGGAUGAACACAG